AUGGCGUCGUCAUCGAGUCCUAACACGAUCAAGGUCGUUGCGCGAUUUCGACCGCAGAAUAAGACCGAACUUGCCCAAGGCGGAGAACCGAUCGUCGAAUUCGAGGCCAAUGACACCUGCAAGAUUAAUUCUAGGGAGGGUAAUAGCUCUUUCACCUUCGAUCGGGUGUUUGGCAUGAACUCGAAGCAAACGGACAUCUUCGACUUUUCAAUUCGGCCGACGGUUGACGAUAUUCUCAACGGUUACAAUGGAACGGUCUUCGCUUACGGUCAGACCGGUGCCGGUAAAUCGUACACCAUGAUGGGAACGGAUAUCGACGAUGAUAUGGGCAAAGGUAUUAUUCCACGAAUUGUCGAGCAGAUGUUUGCUUCGAUUCUUACGAGCCCGAGCAAUAUCGAAUAUACCGUUCGAGUUAGUUAUAUGGAGAUCUACAUGGAGCGCAUUCGAGAUUUGCUAGUUCCACAACACGACAACCUGCCUGUUCAUGAGGAAAAGUCCCGAGGUGUAUAUGUGAAAGGUUUAUUGGAAAUUUAUGUUUCUAGCGUUGAUGAAGUCUACGAGGUUAUGCGCCGCGGUGGAGCAGCCCGAGCUGUUUCGGCCACCAAUAUGAACCAGGAAUCGUCUCGUUCGCAUUCGAUUUUCGUUAUUACUGUCACGCAAAAGAACGUCGAAACCGGAUCUGCGAAGAGUGGACAACUUUUUUUGGUGGAUUUGGCAGGUAGUGAAAAGGUUGGCAAGACGGGUGCUAGUGGACAGACCUUGGAGGAAGCCAAAAAGAUCAAUAAGAGUUUGAGUGCCCUCGGCAUGGUAAUAAAUGCGCUUACCGACGGAAAAUCGACACACAUCCCAUAUCGGGACUCAAAACUCACCCGAAUUCUGCAAGAAUCUUUGGGAGGUAAUUCUCGGACGACGCUCAUUAUCAACUGUUCGCCAAGUAGCUACAACGAUGCCGAAACGAUCUCGACGCUGCGGUUUGGUGUUCGUGCCAAGGCAAUCAAGAAUAAGGCGAAGAUCAAUGCAGAGUUAAGCCCUGCAGAGUUGAAGCAACUGCUACGAAAGGCGCAAGGCCAGGUCACCAAUUUCGAGACAUAUAUUUCAAAUUUGGAAGGCGAAUUGCAGCUAUGGCGGGCUGGUGAAGCUGUUCCCAAGGAGCGCUGGACACCUGCGAUUUCAGAGAACGUGGCACCUAAACCGCCUCGUCCUGCGACCCCUUCGCGCCUGCAAACAGAAUUAAUACGCGCGGAAACACCCAGUCGACCAGAUUCGCGGAUAGGAGAUCGCUCUAGUACGCCAAGUAUUGUUCUAGAAAAGGACGAACGGGAAGAAUUUUUGCGUCGUGAAAACGAACUUCAAGACCAAAUCGCUGAGAAGGAGUCAUACAUUUCGAACGUGGAGCGAAGUCUUCAAGAGGCCAAGGAGGAGUUGAAGAAUCUCAAGGAGUCGUCUGCUCGAACUGGAAAGGACAAUGAGAAACUAAACACCGAAAUGAACGAACUGAAGAUGCAGUUGGAGAAAGUCUCUUAUGAAAGCAAAGAAGCUGGAAUUACCAUGGAUAGCUUGAAGGAAGCUAAUGCUGAACUGACUGCUGAAUUGGAUGAAGUCAAGCAACAGCUUCUUGAUGCUCGCAUGCGUGCUAAGGAAACCAGUGCAGCCCUUGACGAGAAAGACAAGAAAAAGGCUGAACGUAUGGCAAAGAUGAUGGCAGGGUUCGAUUUGAGCGUCAACGUGUUUUCGGAUAACGAACAGAGGUUGAAGGCUCUAAUAGAGAAGGUGGAUUCACUUCACAGAGUCAGUGCCGCUGGCGAGGCGGUUGCGCCCGAUGAUAUCUUGGAGCUUCGGGCUAGUUUGUUAGAAACACAGGGCUUCGUCCGACAAGCUGAGCUUUCGAUGAAUGACCGAAGUGAAUUACAUGAGCUGCAGGACGGCAAGAGAGUAUAUUUGGAGAGGAGGGUUGUUGAGCUGGAAAACGAGUACGAGGAGAUUUUGAAGCGGAAUCUAGGCGAAGAUGAUGUCGAUGAAAUUCGGGAGAGGUUAGAGAAAUUGUACGUCGGACGACGCGACGCCGAGACCAAAGCUGCGGCCGAGAUUAAGAUUGAGCUAGCUCGCAAGGACGAGGAAUUGCUUCAGCUACGUCAAAAUCUGGCAGACUCUCAAGUCAAGGCAGCGACAAAUGGCAAUACUGGCGGCGCUGUUGCAAUCACCAAUAAAACCUUGCAACAGCAGAUUGCAGACUUUGACAACAUGAAAAAAUCACUCAUGCGCGAUCUUCAGAACCGGUGUGAGCGGGUUGUCGAGCUGGAAAUUUCUCUUGACGAGACUCGUGAGCAAUACAACAACGUUCUACGGACCUCGAACAAUCGUGCUCAACAGAAGAAGAUGGCUUUCCUGGAACGCAAUCUUGAGCAACUUACCCAUGUGCAACGACAAUUGGUGGAACAGAAUAGUAGCUUGAAGAAAGAGGUUGCCAUUGCAGAACGCAAGCUUAUUGCUCGUAAUGAGCGCAUUGCUAGUCUGGAGAACCUGCUGCAAGAUAGCCAAGAAAAGCUCACAGCAGCAAAUCACAGAUUCGAGGCACAACUGACUGCAGUGAAAGAGAGAUUAGAAGCAGCCAAGCAAGGCUCAACGCGCGGAUUAGUAACUUCAAUGGAGGGUGCACCUGGCCUCAGCUUCGGCGGCUCACGCAUCGCCAAACCACUCCGAGGUGGUGGUGGUGUCGAUGCCAACGGCGCAACUCACCAAGAACCUGCAGCCAAGCGUGGAAGUUGGUUCUUUGAUCGAGUUAAAUAA